UAUUAUGCAAUCAAAACAAAGAAGAUGGCGGACGUAGAGGUUGCUUCGUCUAGUGGGGAACAUCCCGAAGUCGUAGAAAAAACUGACGAGUUUCCCGAACCAGACAAGAAAAGAAGGAAGCUUGGAAAAUCUUCUGAUGGGAAAAGUGUUAAACUCGAGCAGCGUCUCGGGGGAAUUCUGUGCUGCGCAGUAUGUCUGGACCUCCCUCGGUCAGCUGUCUACCAGUGUACCAAUGGCCACCUCAUGUGUGCUGGAUGCUUUACUCACCUAUUGGCUGAUGCCCGCCUCCGAGAUGAAGUGGCCACUUGCCCUAACUGCCGUAUUGAGAUCAGCAAGGGUGUUGCAUCACGAAACCUUGCUGUGGAAAAAGCAGUCAGUGAAUUGCCAGCGGAGUGUCAGUUUUGCAAUAAAGAGUUUUCGAGAAACUCUUUGGACCGCCAUGAAGAGCUCCUCUGUGAAGAACGUUUGACAAGCUGUCGCUACAGCCGUAUUGGAUGCCCGUGGCGUGGUCCGUUCCAUGAGAGCAAAGAGCAUGAAAGCGUGUGCACUCAUCCUCACAAGUCGGGAGCAGAGGUGAUGGAAACUUUACUGGUCAUGGACAAUAAACUUGAACAGGAGAAACGACUCUAUGAUCACAUAUUUGAUAUGUUGAACUAUGAGAAAGUCAUUUUUAAUGAUCUGCAAAUGAAGCCAUACCGGACUGAUGAGUUCAUGCACAAACUGUUUUAUGAGACAAGUCGAUUCUCAGCUUUUAAUCAUCAAUGGGUUGUUAAAGCUCGGAUUAACAACAGUCAACGAGACCCGUCCCUCAGCUCAGAACGAGAGAUGACGUACCAGCUGAUUCUCAAGACGAAGACAACAUGUCCACUGUCCAUGUCGUUCCUUGUUAUCCGUGGUCCCUUUGGGGACAUGAAGGUGACACCCAAAGUGGACAAGUUUGACUUCACAGACCAAGACAAUGAGAGCCCUUACGUUCGCCUUGCUUUGCAAGACUCUUCCGAGUGUAAUCGCCUGCUGUCCUGCAAAGCCAUCAACUUCAGGCUCAUCAUGUUCCUUGUCAGCAAGUGAGGGUUGAUAUCUGAGGAGCGAGUGGAGAGUCGUGCGUCAAGUGUGGAACCAGAAGCAGGAUCCUCCGCUGCGGCCCCUCAGGGCAGUGUCCAGCCGGGCCAACAAUUAUUGCAAGAAAUGUUGGAUGGCUAGUGUUGCUGCACUGCACUAAGACAUGGAACAUACUACCAAAUUUCCUAUGUAUCCACUAUAUAACAUAACAUACAUCAUUAAACAAAUAAAGUGUGAAUCUUUAAGUUUGUGAUUUUCAUCAAGUUUACUUAUUUAUUUGUUGAGAUAAAAUGGUGCUCUGAAGAGAAUUUGAGCUCCCCAAUAAUGUAAGUUUUUUUGAUUGAAAAGAACAAAAGAAAAAAAAAGAAAUAUUAUUUGUGUUUAUUUUAUUCUAUUUUUAUUCAUCAUAUUUCUUUUUCUUCAUUUUAUGUAGAAUAACUUUAGUCAAGCACUUUAAACUCUACAAUGUCCCCAGGUGAUUUUUAAUGUGCAUAUGUGUAACUUGUUUUGUGUUAAACAAAAUUUGUACCAAAAAUAUUCUUUGUAAACGUUUUUUUUUUAUUUUUAAGAAAUUUCUUUAUCAGUACAGAGGCUUAAAAGUAUGAUGUUAAAUUUUAUAUAUGGCAAGCAGAGAGACAUUCUGUAAAAUGUUGGAAAUAUUGGAAUUCCAACAUUCUUUCCAUACUACUCUUUAGUGGUGAGAUACGGUUGUACAUUUCUUUUUGUCAAAGCUUUAUUUUGUAUCAAACGAGUAUAUUUCCUUUCUGUGAUAAUUUAACGCCAUAGCUUUGUGAUCAAUGCUGCUUUCAAAGGUCAACUCUUUGAAAUCCACUAUUCAUUUGAGAGCGUCAUAAUUGCAAUAUCAUUGAAAGAAAAAUGUAGCAUGAGAUUACAUUCACUCGACAUCCUGCAAUAACUUUGCAUUUUACUUUUUCAAGUUUUUCAUGAGUCACCUUUGAUAAUCUUUUCAUACAAUGUUCUGGUGAUGAGAUCUCAGUACACAAAUUGGUCAUCCCUAUGUCUCUCAAUACUAUUUUGAUUUUUUUGUUUUGUUUUUUAUAUAACAAGUGAUGUCUUGCUGACAGAUCCUUUCUUUUUAGUUCUGACGUUUUUAUAAAGUAUGUCUAUUGAUUUGAAAUAGAGCGUACUUGUAGAGGUUCAGCAACAAUGCUACCUUUUCAGGGGUGUGCUUGUUGAGGUGCACAUAUAAGUAUAUUUAGUUUUGCUACUCAAUCAAGGAAUACCCAGGGUGAAGAAAAGUCUUCCUUUCAAUAUUCCGGCUAUUGUUUUGCACUGCUUCCUGUGGUUUCAAGACAAAGCCCUGGUUUAAUGGAGGCUUUGUGCUUGUGUUAUACUGUAUUUUACCCCCUCUAUAAGAAGGCAAAGCAGAUAGCAAGCCUUGAUUGGGGUUUAGAUCCAUUAGACCUUGAAACUAAUCUUCUGAUUUUACUUUGUCUUUAACAUAUAGCACAGUAGGCCUUUCUUCCAGACAAUCAGUUACGAAAACUUUUCACAAGCACUUUUUUUAAUUAAGGCACAUAUAUGCAUUGUACAAUCUGUUAACUUUUUAAACAUUCAUAUUUUGUGAAGCAGACACCCACAUGCGCUUUUGAAAAGUCUUUUCAGUUGAGGUACAAUGUUAUUUUAAAAAGAAAUUAUGCUGCCAUAUGUUACAGACAAUUAGUCAUUAAUGUAAUGAGAAAGAAAAUAUAUUUACUUUUUAUUUCUACUGGUGUGUGCUGUGUAUCCUCCCAAAAAAGCAUCUAAGAUAUUGUUAACUCCACAAAUAAAUGACUUUAGAGAUUAGACAAA